CAAAGUAGAAAAUUUUUUUUUUUUUUUUUUUUUCUCGUCGACGAAACGCCUCUUCUUCGUCUUCUUCGUCCUGUUCGUCUCCAUCGAUCCAUCAUCGCCAUGUCCGCGGCUGUGCGAUCGAGAGCGACCUCCGCCGCCGCCGCCGCCGCAGCGGUCCGGUCGGCGUACUUCUCGUCCUCCCACCGGAUGCACGCCGGGAGGAUCCCCGACGCACAUGGCCGGCACCGGCGGCGGUGGCGCGACGAGUUCCCGCGCCCGCGCCGCUCCGGCCCCCUCGAGCUCGUCUCCCUCCAGGGCCACCUCGUAGACCGCGGCGCCGCCCUCCCCCCGCCGCGAUCGCCGGCGAAGCCCUCCGGCGGCGGCGGCGGCGGCGGCGGGGGAGGGGAGCCUCCGGAGAUCUGGCAGCAGCCCGCGGACUCGAUCGCCGCAUCAGCGUCGAGCUUCCCCGGGCGGAUCAAUGUGAUCAGGGUCGCCGGAGGCGGGGGAGGCGGCCCUGGGGCCGGAGGCGGCGGAGGGAGCUUUGAUUUGGGGGAGAGCCCGUGGGGCGGAUCCAAUCUCGGGAACAAAUUCCCGACUCCGAAGGAGAUUUCCAAGGGUUUGGAUAAGUUUGUGAUAGGGCAGGAAAGGGCAAAGAAGGUACUCUCCGUAGCAGUGUACAAUCAUUACAAAAGAAUUUACGACGACACGCUCUCGAGGUCAGCAGGUGAUUCGGGGGAACACCGAGAUACUAAUAAUGAUGCUGAUGCAGUAGAACUGGAAAAGAGCAACAUUCUUCUAACGGGCCCAACAGGCUCAGGAAAAACAUUACUGGCGAAAACGCUGGCUCGAUUUGUGAAUGUACCCUUUGUUAUAGCUGAUGCAACGACUCUAACUCAGGCAGGAUAUGUUGGUGAAGAUGUAGAGUCUAUAUUAUACAAGCUUCUAGUGGCUGCCGACUACGAUAUAGCGGCUGCACAGCAGGGCAUUAUAUAUAUUGACGAAGUUGAUAAAAUUACAAAGAAGGCUGAGAGCGUAAACAUCAGUAGGGAUGUUUCUGGUGAAGGUGUUCAGCAGGCAUUACUAAAAAUGCUGGAGGGAACAGUUGUUAAUGUGCCUGAAAAAGGAGCAAGGAAGCAUCCAAGAGGUGACAAUAUACAGAUUGAUACAAAAAACAUUCUCUUCAUUUGUGGGGGGGCCUUUGUGGACUUGGAGAAAACAAUUUCAGAGAGACGACAUGAUUCUUCAAUUGGUUUUGGAGCUCCAAUACGUGCAAAUAUGCGAACUGGUGCUGUGACUAGUGCUUCAGUUGCAUCUUCUUUAUUGGAGACGGCUGAAAGUGCUGAUCUCAUUGCCUAUGGUCUAAUUCCAGAAUUUGUUGGAAGAUUUCCAGUUCUUGUUAGUUUGUCUGCCCUAAACGAAGAUCAACUUGUUGAGGUUCUUACAAAACCAAAGAAUGCCCUUGGGAAGCAGUACAUCAAGUUGUUUCAAAUGAAUGAUGUCAAGUUGCAUUUUACCCAAAAGGCAUUGCAGCUGAUUGCAAAGAAAGCUAUGUACAAAAAUACUGGGGCCCGAGGCUUGCGGUCAAUCUUGGAGAACAUUUUGACAGAAGCUAUGUAUGAGAUUCCAGACACAAGAACAGGGAAAGAGAAGAUAGAUGCUGUCGUAGUUGAUGAGGAAUCUGUUGGAACUGCGGAGAAGCGCGGAAGUGGUGCCAAAAUUCUUUGCGGAGAAGGGGCUUUGGACCUGUAUCUCUCUCAACAAAACAAAAAAGGGCCGAUGAAUGUGGUUGAGAGGUCAGAUGCAGAAUCCGAGGUGGAGCCGGAGCUUCCUUCGCGGGUGGCCAGCAUGUAGAUCUUUCCACAACAAUAAUCAAUGUACAUAAAAUAAUAAUUUAUUAAUGUGCUGUGAUAUAUUAUUUUCAUUGGGCAAUUGGUGGUCAAUUCAACUGUAAAAUUGAGCUGGUACAAAAACAAUAUCUAUGGCGAUCCACCAUCAUAGCUACAUAGGAAUUUGUACAUUACCGUGGGAAAAAAAAUGCAUGCUAAUCACCUGCAUUAAUACUUUGCUCCUACAAUAUGUUUUAGGGUAAUUGUGAAAACACAGGAAAUUGGAGGCCUACUGACAAUGGAAAAUAGGCCUAUUUUUAUGAAAGUAUUUUUUAUGCAGUUUGGAUGCAUAAAUGUCAAUUUAUUAGUU